UUAUCUUUGGACACCCCCCUUGCCUUUCCCUUAUUCUCCGCCCUACCUGGCCAAUUUUGACUUUUGAUUGUUUUUUUUUCGUGCACCCCUCCCCAUUCACGGUUUUGUACCACAUGGUCCAUCUUCUGGUCGCUGGCCCUACAAGCUUAAAAUGCACGCCUUCUUUGAUAUUUUUUUACUUUUUUGCAAUACGAAGAACAGCCUUGGCGAGGACGCAAAGUAUAAAUAGAACAAGCUUUGAUUUUAUUUUUUGCAUUCGGGAUUUUUGUAGGUUUGUCUGAUCGGCUAGUGGAAGCGGUUCCAUAUAAACAAAAAGGUAAACACGUGCCUUCUUAAAAGGGGAUGUAUCUGUUAUUUCCGACAAAAAGCUACUUUUCUCUUUGAAGAAACUUGCUUUUCUUUUUGUCAUUGUUGACAGUUGUAUUAUGGGUGUGACUGAUUGUGGGAAGAGAUAGCUUUACAAACAUAGAAACGGUGCUUAUAAAAUCUUUUAUAAUAGCAAUGCUGGUGGAUAAAAAUAAUUCUUGUGCAUAUAAAUAAAAAGGCAAAGCAGAUUUAUAAGAAUUGAACUAAAAAACCGUUGUACGUUUCAGCAUAAUAUUGCUACUGAUUUCUUGUUGAAAAUUUGCCAUGUCUCAGGCAAAUGUCUUCCUAUUCGUCUUUUUAGCUUUUCUAGAACUGCUAAAGAAUUCAGUUGUAAUAGGCAAUGGCGAACAUUUUCAAGAGUCAAGGACAAGUAGAGAUGCAGAUCUUUUUUCCUCAAUACCAGAUUCCGAUGGUUUCAAAUAUCUCAUACUAAAUGAAAAGGACGAAUCUGCACAUUUUAGAAAAGAAGAAAGAGACUCCACUGGAGUAGUGAAAGGUAGCUAUGGACUUAAAGAUCCAAAUGGAUCUAUCCGUAUUGUUCAAUAUAUUGCUGAUGAUAAAGGAUUUAGAGCUCAAAUAUCUUCUAACGAGCGAGGAAUCGGUGUCCAGAAUCCAGCAAAUGUAAGAAUUAACCGUUUAAACCGUCCAAUAACAACUGCUCUUCAUGGUUCAUCACUGCACGGAGAGUAUCACAUACAAAAUGUUCCUGACCACCUAGAGUCCGAAGUAAAACCUUCUCGUUAUGACCUUUACACACCAGUUAAAAUGAGGAGACCAAGCUUGUCAAGUGAUUCAACAAUAGAUAACGUACCAUUGAGUCGCAAAAAAGCAAACUCAAAUUUAUUCGGUAUCACGAACGUCCAAGAAGUACCAUCAGCAGCUUUCCCGUUCUAUAGUGAUAUGAAUAAACCUUAUUUUCCAAUUGAAACUUCUAAAAACAUAGGUUCUGAUUAUCAGACAAGAGUUAAUCAAAAUAAUCAUCCAUACGAUGUUUAUGAAAGUCCCCUAGACAUGGUUGAAAAUGGCGAUGAAAAUCAUUAUCAGAUACCAUAUAAUAGUUUAAAACUGAUGAAACACCUCAGGCAGAACAAUGUGUUUAAUACCGAGACAUCUGAAACACCGUCUGGGGUUUUCAAUCCUUUGCUCUACAAACCUAUCAUAAAGGUUCAUAAGAAUCUCCCUGAUUGCAACAAAGUUUCCAGCGCUGUUCUGUGCAAACCUCCUUAUUUAUUUUCUCGCACUUUUGAGUAUGUCAAUGCGACAGAAAGGCAAAUGAACGUUCCUCAACAACAAUAUACUAAAGACAAUGUAGUUACAGAAAAUGACUUUCCCCAGAUACAAGGCCAAAUUGAAGCAAUUCUUGCACAAAAACUGCUAAAAUUAGCUGUAAGUAAUGAUGAGAUAGUUCCAUUGACUCAAUCUUUGAGGCCUUUCCUUUUCCCUCCUAGUUUCACUUACAUCAACAACUUGAAUAAAAAAGAAAGUAAUCCAGACGAUCACAAACCUUCUUGUUCUGAGAAACACAAUUCAUUGAAAGAUUUAUUAAAAUCCAAGUAUUUAACGGAUGACUUAGCUGUAACUACAUCUCUUAAAAGGCCUCUUAUUUACAACAAUUUUAUGUAUAGUCCUCAGAUAGGUUCUUUAGUGCACGGUGGUUGGAGUCCUCCAAUGACUUUGAAUUAUGUGCCCUUACAGACAUCCUCGAACAGAAAUUUUCUGAACGAAUUGCUGAAUGAUUCAACAGCUGAAGCUUCUUACGUUAAUUUAAACCGAUAUAAUGUUCUAAAAAAUCAGAGGAAUCUAAUACUCUUGACAAAAUUCAACAGUCCUGAAAUCUCUCAAAACCCUAUUUUGGAAUUUUUGAAGAAGCUGAAUGAAUUAGGAUUCACAAUAGCUCCAAAGCAAGAAAAGGUAUCACUUGAGAAAACUCCGGAUUCUUUUGUGCAUGUUUUAAAUCGUGAAAAUUCCGAUUCGUACUCUGAUAACAAAACAAAUCUUUCUAAUGGUCAAAAAGACAAUGAAAAUGCCGGCUCUUAUUCUAACGAGAAUAUUUAUACUUUUAAUGGACCAAAAGAUCAUGAUGGCUCAUUUUCCAACGAAAAUACUUAUAAUUUUAACGAACCAAAAGGACAUGAAAACAUAAGUUCGAAUUUCAAGAAGAAUAUCUACCCUUCCAAUGAGCAAGAAGGUCACGACAGUGUUGAUGAAAUUGCAUUAUAUACAGCAGAAGAGAGCAAUUCUGAAACAACCACAAGCUCUCAAGUGACCACGCGAGCUCCCAUUUCCAGUAUGCUUUUCGCUCCAAAUGCUGAAGAAUUAUUACAUCUUUUUGGCCCACCUUCUGUUCCAUUUUAUAAUGAUCAUGAACAAACGCUGCCCAUAAAUGACUCAAAAUUUGUUGUAUUUGAUGAAAUAGAAAAUCACGAAGAACUUAAAGAACAAGUAAAGGGGCAUGACAGUUCUAUUCAAAACAAUUCAUCUGAUUGGAAAAAACAAUUAGAUGAUGUCAUCAAUGAAGAAUAUGAAAAAACCUCUCUCCAAAGGGAAUCAUAUUUUUCAAACCUUCCUCACACCAAAUCUAAUGAUUCCGUGGAAAAUGACUCAGAUAAACUUGAUAGUAGAAUUUAUAAAAUUCACGAGCCACCUAGCAAGUUGUAUGAUUCGAGGGGUGUUACGGUAAAGCCUGAAAAUGUACCUUUGCACUUGCAUCGGUACGUACCGCCGACUGGUAUCACUUCUUUCCCAUGGAAGUUUGCUAUUCCUAGGCCGGCUCCUCCUAGAAGUAUAGUCAUUCCACCAAAACCACCAGUACUGACAUAAAAUAAUUUAAUGAAUAGUGAUUAUAAAGGAACUUUUUUAAUUUUCUUGUAAAUUAAAGUUGCGUUUUGCAUUUUCAGAAAGUUCAUUUGUUUCUGUUACCGUUGAAUAAUAGUAAUGGUUUCAACAACCACCACAGCCCAGGUCAAAUGAUCCUAAUUUCAUUCAUAAAACAAUUUCACAUUUCGUUUUUAUAAAUAAUUAAAAAUAAAGAAAACUUUUAAAAUAUUCUCACGAUUUAAUUAUUUUUAAUUAGUUAUGUCUAAUACAAAUAUGCUGUCAAAGUUUUUUUUCUUUAUAUGAGAACAGCAGUACAAAAGUGUUUAAAUGUAGUUAGUUUAUUUAGUCUAUAGUUAAUCCAUUUAGUCUACGUUGUGAUAAUUAUUAAGUAUUUUUAAGCCAUGUAGAUAAUUGACGAUGUAGCUUAAGUUAUUUCAUUCAACCAAGGAACAGUUAUCCAAUUAGAAUGAUUUGUCUCAUUGCUAAUGAAAAUGUGAAUAAAAGCAUUUUGUGUAUGUGUUAAUAAAUGUUGAAGCAUUCAAAAUAAAAAUUAUAUUCAAAGUUACAAUUUUUAUCAAAGAAUUAAUUUUGUGUAAAGUCAGGAUAUAAUAUUGAAUGUAGUAUAUU